AUGAAGACUGAGCAAGACUUCAGCGCCUGCUUGAACAAGAAAAUUGUGGGCAGAGAACCUCUCAAGGAGAAGCUGAUAGAGCAGUAUCGGCUAGCUCAGCAGCACCAGAAGAUGCGCCGGUCAGGAGGCAAGACGCCCCCGCUGCACUUCGCUCUGACAGGUAACCCGGGCACGGGCAAGACGAUGGUAGCUCGGCUGCUGGGCGACAUCUUCAAACAGUUUGGUUUACUCGCCACAGGUGCGGUCAAGGAGUUCCAGCGUGGGGACUUGGUGUCGGAUGAUAGAGGGAGAACUACGCACACCAUCAUCAAGGACAGGAUCGCCGAAGCGGAAGGUGGCAUUUGUUUUAUCGACGAGGCGGAGAGGCUCGUGAACAACCCUAACCCUAGCGGGAGAGACGCGUUGGAGGAAAUCAUGGCCCUGCUUGGCGAAGCGAAGAAUGUCAUGGUGAUUUUUGCUGGUUACAGCGAGGGCAUGAGGGAGUUGUAUCGUAUCAACGAGGGGCUGGAGAGGAGGAUCCACAUGGAGAUUCAUCUAGACGACUACAAGCCCGAAGAGCUGGCGAGAAUCUUCAUCGACAAAGCAAGCAGCUUCUUCAUCAUUCCCGACACAGCAGAAAAGGAUCUCACUGACAUGUUCAAUAGGAAAUUUAUUCGGCAUAUAAUUCGGUUCUACAAUGCUGGCUUGAUUGAUCACCUUCUCAAUGAUGUGGCCUCAGAGAUUGAAAGGAAGGAAAGGGCAGACUCCAAAGCGGCCACUAAGCCGCUGGAGACGGAGGAUCUGGAGAAGGCAUUUGACAAGUUACAGAAGCGACUAGAGGAGAGGCAGAACUGGCUUCAGAAAAAGUUUCACUAA